GAUACAAACUCUUUAUUGCAGCUCGAGACUUUUAGAUCAUGGUACUAAAUGACGAUCAGGUUAACACUAUCAACACAAUUAUGUCCACCCAUAUCCAGACAUGUUAGUCGGUGACACGUGACGUCUACAUUUCUCACCUCAUAGAAUGAAGUAAGUGGCCCAGAGGCGGUGAUCUCAAACUGGAAGGCUUUUCCACCUAGCUCUUAUCUGGUAGAUGAGCAAGGACUUCUGUAGGAAGGGCAUGGAAGAGGCUGUGACAUCAGGCCAGUGGAUGGUUGAACUUGAUGUCCCAUUUCGGCUUACUUCCUUCAAUCCCUCUGUCUCGCUUGUCGCCAUUGGUGGGCCGUCGGUAGGGAUUCUGGAUGCCAGAUGCAUGCUGAAUAGUUGCAUCCACACCACUUGUGAUUCUCCCCUGCUAAGCAAAUAUCUUGAGUAGAUUUGCACAACAGAAUUCGGGUCCUGCAGACCGGAUUGUAUGUUUAUGUUAUGUUAGUCUGCAGUUCUUGGAUAUUCUACGGCACCCAUUCUCCAUUCCCCGCGCUCCGCUUUUGGCAAGCCGCUCUCCAAAAGUGAGCCGAGGUCCAGACUCACAUGUUGUUGAUUAGUAUUUUCAGCCUUAUCAACAACUCCAGGGCUGCAACAUAAGCUCUACAUUUAUCAUAUAACAUUCAAACCUACCAGCCUCCAAUUCUAUUCAGCAUUAUCCAAUAUGGCGGCCCAACCUCUUUUCACAGUCCCCAUCCUCAGCACCGACAAGAAGACCUCCGGCACCGUCGUCUGCACAACUCCAUCACCUGCAGUUUACAUUCUUACAUUCACAUCCCCACCCGAUAACCGCCUUUUAACAUCCUUCUGCCAAUCUAUCAUCCUCGCCCUAGAUAUUCUCGAGUUCUCGUAUCCACAUGGAGUAGUGAUUACCACGUCUGGAAUUCAAAAGUUCUUCAGUAAUGGUCUAGAUUUGGAACAUGCCUCGAAUACGGAGGGGUUCUUCCCCAAUAGCAUGUAUGCUCUAUUUAAGAGAUUAUUAACAUAUCCCAUGCCAACAGUAGCCCUUGUCAACGGCCACGCCUUUGCAGGCGGUUUCAUGCUUGCCAUGUACCACGAUUACCGCAUCUUCAAUCCCACACGAGGCUUCCUCUGUCUCAAUGAGCUCGAUCUCGGUGUCCCCCUCAAACCAGCCAUGUCCUCGGUCUUCCGGCAGAAACUAAGGCCGGAAGUCUACAAGGUGAUGGUUCUAGAAGCGAAACGGUUCAGUGGGAAAGAUGCGCUGGAUGGCGGCAUUGUGGACGGGCUGGGAGGAAUGGAGGAGGCGUUGAAGUUCGUGGAGGAGAGGGCAUUGACGCAGAGGAGCAAGACAGGAGUUUAUGGAUUUUUGAAGGCGGAGAUGUGGAGGGAGACGGUGGGCUAUUUGGAGGGACAUGAAAGGGAGGAGAAGAGGGACAAGGAGGGAUUGAGGAAGGAUGAUGAGAGGAGGGAAGUGGGGAGAAAGAGAGUUGCUGAGUGGGAGAAGAAUGCUAAUAAAGCCAAACUGUAAGACCAUGAGUGGGAGGUAUUAAUGUCUCACAGAGAUGAUAUUCGUAUGCGUUGGCCCGUCUGCCCCAAAAUUCUAUUUUCAUAAACGGUAUCGUGCAGUCAUUAUCGAUACCUCCAUUCCGAUAUACACAGUAACUCCACCCAUACCAUUAAACCCAAACACCAUGCUAUUUUACACCAUAAUCAUACUCGCAACACGUCACACUCGUAGUAGACAACAUGUUAUGCAAAACUGUCCUCCCCAGGCCAUCUCUCUUCAACGGGCUUCUCAGGCUCCGGCUCGAAACCCGCAUUCUCUUCCUCAGAUCCCUGUUCUGUCCCUGCUUCCCCUGGGCGAGGUUCAAAAACCCCUGCUUGAACCAAAGCUUCCCAGACCUUGUCCUUGCUUUGUAGUAAGAACUUCGUGAUCUCCAGACCAUCCAGUGUCUUGACUCGGCGACAGUUAGUCAGAAUCAUCACCUCGUACACCCUCCUGAGCAUUCGCGUGUCCAUAUCUAAACACGCCACGUACUUGUCAUCCUGUCCCCUAUCCGCGGUUCCCAGAGUGAAGGGAUCCUGGGCUGAUGUUUCAUCUUCAUCCAUGUCCUGUCGUGAGAUCAUUCUAUUUUCCGUCACGGCAGGGUAGAAACCAAGUGUAAGGGGAUUGCCUCGUAGAUCAGCCAAUGCCAGUGUCGGGAACUGUGCCAGCACGCAGACAGCUGAUCUCAACCUGGCUAGUCGAUUGCCAGCUAGGUGAAGCUUCUUCAGACGGGCAAUGCCAACCAGGGGCUUGAUAUCCCUCAGUGCAUUGAAGUUGAGAUUCAAGACUCUGGUAUUGGGAAAUGUGUGUCCAAAAUCAUCUGGUAGGGAUUCGAUACCACAAUUUGCAAGCUCCAAGUACUGCAAAUUAAGGAAAUCAACUUGAGGUUCGAAAGUCCCCAGAAAGUUGCCGGAGAGGAAGAGUUUGCGCACUUCGCACGCAUCGGAGAGAAAUGAUUUGUCGAUGACAGUGCCAUUUUGCUGCUCCCUUAUCGACAGACUGUCGAGGUAUUUAGUCUUCAAAAGACCAGACACCAUCCCUAGGCGAUUCCGGUCUAGAUAAAGCAGGCGUAAGUUUGGAAGCAUGCUGACAUCAAUGUUCUCCAGAUUGUUGCCACUCAAUUUCAAGUACCUCAGACCUCCCACCACGUCAUUCAUGGAGAAAUCGGACAAGCGAUUAUCUUCUAGAUCUAGUGCUGAGAGCGAUCGCAACUCUUGGAGAUUUCGAACAUCAGUGAUGUUGUUGUUCCUCACAUCAAGGUCCGAAAGGCGUAGAAGCAUGGUGUUCUGGAAGUCGAUUGAAGUGAUAGCGUUCCCACGUAAACGAAGACUGAGGAGGCCAUCCAGCUGAUUCACACCAUCCAAGCUUUUGAUCUUGUUGUUAUCUGCUCGGAUGCCUCUCAAGUGGAUAAGAGACCUAAACGCCGACAUAGUUUCCAGCUCGUUAUUCGAAACAUCGAUGUACUGCAAGUUAUGCAAAUGGUUCCAAGCAGCAAGGUCGUUCAGGCAGUUGUGCGAUACACGGAGACUUCGGGUUGUUGUAGGCACGCCAUCCAGCUGUCGGAUGUGGUUGUGAGAGACAUCGAGUUGUACUAGCUCUUCACAAAAUUCGUUGAGCUUGUGGAGAUUUGUUAGCCUUUUGUCCCUGAGGCUGAGUUCUUUAAUAUUCUCCCAGAAUGGUUCGUAAGGCUCCACUUCUGUGAGUUUCUCCACCAGGUCCUUUAUCGACAGAGAAAGGGCUUUCUUGGAGGCACUUCCGACAGUAUACCGAUGUCCUUGGGCAACAUAGCUAACAUCAAGGCCCAGCGACACAUCCGCUUGGUGCACAGUAAAGUCCGAAAGUGGCGUCAAUGUAAGUGUUCCAACCUCAUGACUUGGACGAGGUGUAGCGAGGAUGAUAUCUGAUACGUGUCUGGAUGGGACAGGGGUCGAUACAAUGACACUGACACUUCGCCUUUGUUGGUGUGUCAAGUUCUCAC